AUGGCGCGUGCAGAGGGCAGCAGGGCGCGCGAGGCGCACAGGGCUGCAGGACGUGCGGGGCGCACAGGGCAGCAGGGCAGCAGGGCGCACAGGGCUGCAGGGCAGCAGGGCGCGCGGGGCAAACAGGGCAGCAGGGCGCACAGGGCUGCAGGGCAGCAGGGCGCACAGGGCUGCAGGGCAGCAGGGCGCGCGGGGCGCGCAGGGCUGCAGUGCGCGCAGGGCGCGCAGGGCAGCAGGACAGCAGGGCGCGCAGGGCUGCAGGGCGCAUGGGGCGCAGCAGGGCUGCAGGGCGCGCGGGGCGCGCAGGGCAGCAGCAAGGGCUGUAGCGGCAACAGCAAGGGCUGUAGCGGCAGCAGCAAGGCAGCAGGGCGCACAGGGCUGCAGGGCAGCAGGGCGCACAGGGCUGCAGGGCAGCAGGGCGCGCGGGGCGCGCAGGGCUGCAGGGCGCGCGGGGCGCACAGGGCUGCAGGGCGCGCGGGGCGCACAGGGCAGCAGGGCAGCAGGGCGCACAGGGCUGCAGGGCAGCAGGGCGCGCGGGGCAAACAGGGCAGCAGGGCGCACAGGGCUACAGGGCAGCAGGGCUGCAGUGCGCGCAGGGCGCGCAGGGCAGCAGGACAGCAGGGCACGCAGGGCUGCAGGGCGCGCGGGGCGCACAGGGCAGCAGGGCAGCAGGGCGCGCGGGGCGCAGCAGGGCUGCAGGGCGCGCGGGGCGCGCAGGGCAGCAGCAAAGGCUGUAGCGGCAACAGCAAGGGCUGUAGCGGCAGCAGCAGGGCAGCAGGGCGCACAGGGCUGCAGGGCAGCAGGGCGCACAGGGCUGCAGGGCAGCAGGGCGCGCGGGGCGCGCAGGGCUGCAGGGCGCGCAGGGCUGCAGGGCGCGCAUGGCGCGCAGGGCAGCAGGACAGCAGGGCAAGAGGGGCAAACAGGGCAGCAGGGCGCACAGGGCUGCAGGGCAGCAGGGCGCACAGGGCUGCAGGGCAGCAGGGCGCGCGGGGCGCGCAGGGCUGCAGAGGGUUGGAGGAGAAAGGGGGGGGGGGCGGGGGGGCCUGGUGCUGCAGAUCCCCUCCUGCCUCCCCCUGA